UUCAUUGACAGAUCAGGCAUUUUCAGACUGAUUUAAUAUUGUUCAUAGAUUGUAAAUAAAUGUAAAAUAAGGGAUAACAACAAAUUGCAAUGAGUAACGAAGCUCCAUGCUGUAUAAAUGCGCUUUGUCGAAUUUGUUUGGAACAGUUGCAGAAUGGGAAUACGUAUGAUCUAUUUGCUAUACCUGGAUUAGCCAAAAAGUUAUGUGUUUGUACAUCGCUAACGGUGGAGCUUCACGAUGGAUUUCCACGGAAUAUAUGUGGAGUUUGUUAUACCCGUUUAAAUGACGUGCAAGAUUUUUUAAAAAUGUGUGUGGAGUCCGUAGCAAAGUUUCAGGAAAUGGUAGCAAACAAUUUAAUUAAAGACCAAGCUAUUGCUCUGGCUGUAUUAGAAACAGGUGACGUAGAUGCACAAAGUGCGGCUGUUGAGGAUGAUGAGCCUACAGACUUUGAUCCACUCUUAAAUCAUAAAUUAGAAAUUAUAGACAAUGCAGAGGAUGUUUUUAAAAUGUUGGAAAACGUUGACAAAGAAGUUAUUGAUAAUGUGGUUAAUAUUAAACCCGAAGUUUCUGUUAAUGAUAUAAAUAUACCUGACGAAAAGAAUGUAAACAGUGAUAAUUCCGAAUUUCAUGAUAAUGAUGAUUCUGAUUAUGAACCGUUUAACGACGAAUGUGGUGAUGAAAGUGACGAUGAAAAACCGUUGGCUGCACGUUUACGGAAGUCUCGAAGAUCCAAAAGGGCACUAAGAGGUGAAAAUAUAAUCGAUGAUGGACUUGAAGCGGAUGAUUAUGAGGCGCCAAUCAAAAAGAAAAAGAUGAAACGAAAACGCCGGCUUCGAGUGGAAGGUGACGACUCAUCCGCCAAUACUAUAGAGUGCCACAUUUGUCAAAAAAGGUUCAGAAAAUCAGAGAGAUAUGAAGAACAUAUGCGACAUCACAAUGAUAAAUUACCUCACCAAUGUGCAGUUGCAUCAUGUUCGAAAGGAUUUACUACAGCUAAUGGUCUCCGUCUGCAUAUGGAACAUUGUCACGCUGAAACAUGUGAAAGUUUUCCAUGUCCCGAAGAAGGUUGUGGUCGCACGUUUCCCCGGACACGUUUACUUAAUUGGCAUUUGCGCAAGGUGCAUAAAAUAGCGAAAGAGUUGCGGGAAGCCAAAUGUUAUACCUGUAAUCAAUGUGAUAAAAUCUUUCGUUGCCCCAUGGCACUCAAAAAACAUAUGUAUAAACAUGAUGGCAAGGAGCUGCCGUUCCCUUGUAAUAUAUGUGGUAAACGUUUCGUAAUCAAUAGUGCACUUAAAGAUCAUCUUAUGAGGCAUGCCGGAAUUAAAAAUUACGUUUGUCCUUACUGUGGAGUUGGAAAAACUACGCGACAAGAAUGGAACACUCACAUAAACACGCACACUCAGGAAAAAAAAUUCAAUUGUCCACAGUGUACAUAUGCGUCACACAAUAAACAAAAUUUGCGAAUGCAUGUGAAAAUUGUGCACGAAAAGAUCAAGGAUUACGCUUGUCAGUAUUGUGGCAAGACAUUUGGUAAGUCUAACGCUUGCAAAAUGCAUGAAAUGACACAUACCGGUGAGAAGCGUUGUGAGUGCAAAGUGUGUGGGAAACGGUUUCUUUAUGCCAAAGCUUUGACAAAACAUCUUAAAACACAUGAGAAGCGUGUAUUACGAGCCAUUGAAGUGUACCGUAAAAGACAAAUAGAAAACGGCUUUAUGCCGGCCGAUGCGCCCGAUAUACCUAUUCCCGAAUUGCUUUCUAUGGAAUCACACACACAAGAGGCUCACCAAAAAGUAGCUGAAGAAAUAUUAAAAGUUUGUGCAGAAUCUACCGCUACAAUACCGAAAAAUCCUCGACGUGUUGAACGCGUCGACAUAUCGGAGUUGGCAGGUACUGCUGUAAACCCCAUACCAUCUGUCGCUGUACCAUCGUGGUCGCCACAAAUAAAUUUUAUGAUGAAAGAAGGUCCUUACAUUUGUCCGGAUUGUGGUCAAGGCUUCAAUGGUCAGGGAAAUCUUAAACGGCAUCAUCGAAUCGUACACGAAGGUGUUAAAGAUUUUGCCUGUCGUUUCUGUCACAAACGUUUUGCAAAAGCACAAACACUAAAACAUCAUGAAAUGACUCACACCGGCGAAAAGCCACAUGAGUGUACUAGUUGUGGAAAGCGUUUCAUCCAGUAUGUGGCAUUAAAGCGACACAUGAAAAUACAUAUGAGUAAACCACCACCUGUCAUACCCUCAAGCGUAUACGAGGCCCGUGAAGAGUUAGAGAUGCAGGAGCGUGAAAAGUUGGAAACCAAACGUAAAAAGCUGGAAGCACGUGCUGCUAUUGCCGAACUUGCCCGCGAACAACUUAAUGAAAUGGUAGUACAAGAGCCGGACGAUAAAAUGUCGCUGCAAUCAGAUUCGGAGAAACCACAAGUACUGAAUGAAAUUCAAGAAUUUAUAAAAAUCGAUCCUACAUCGGAACUAGGAAAGAAAACGUCAAUUAAUUCAAACUUAAGCGAUUUCAYGCCUACGGAAAUAAGCAGCAAGGAUUCGUGAGCGAAAAAUUUUACGAUGUCGAAGAACCUGAGACUGCAUUGCCUUUUCAUAGCAUUCGUAUACUUAUAUACUUAGGUAUCUAUGGAACCAAUGUUAUAUGCUUUCGCUGUGAAAGCUUAUCGCCGAUUUCAGUGGUCAUUAAGAACAAGAAUCGAGUUUCGUUACAAUUUGUUUUAUAAUUGAGUUAAUUAAAUUUUGCAUAUUAAUUUGUGUGUUUGCAAACAAAGUUAAGGGCAUUAAAAGCAUUUCAAUUUCUUUACGAAUCUUAAAAAUUUAAUACAUUAUUAAAUGCAUACUAUGUAUGUAUGUGCCACUUUAAGUGCCACAAACAUGCUACGUAAUAAAGAUUCGUAAUGGAAUAUACAUUUGUAUGUAUACGAARUAAUGGCGUUUGCUAAUUUACUUAAA